AUGAAUUACGUCCUCGGUCUUCUCUCCCUUUUCCUUUCUCCUUCCUCAAAAAUGGACGUUUGCUCGGGGUGCCAGAACCUGAGAAUGCGAAAUGCCAGGGGCGUGGGAAACGGCAUCAACCGGCCGGAAGCGCCAGAAACAGAAACAGUGGUUGGCCGCUGCGUCUUCCUUUCACACUCUCUCGUUCCUCCUCGUCGCUCUCGAUGCUUCUCGGCGUUCAUAUUCCCAGUUGUUCACAACACAUCAAUCUUAUGGGUUACUCUCAAAGACAACCGGGAGGAAACGCGGUGCAUCAUCGUGAACGAUGGCGCUGAGAGUCUCAAGGGACUUUAUGCGAUGUUUCGCCAUUCGAGUCUUAUGAAACCUAGUUGUCGGUCAACCAAGGGCUCCGUUGACCUCCAAUUUGAACGUUGA